AUGAGCCUGGAGGACCGGAAGCUGUUUGUGGGCAUGCUGAAUAAGCAGCAGACUGAAGAGGAUGUGUACCGUCUCUUCGAGCCCUACGGAGUCAUCGAGGAGUGCACCGUAUUACGAGGCCCUGAUGGAAACAGUAAAGGUUGUGCCUUUGUAAAGUUUUCGACACACACUGAGGCUCAGUCUGCCAUCGGCGGCCUUCACGGCAGUCAGACCAUGCCUGGCGCAUCGUCGAGUCUGGUGGUGAAGUUCGCUGACACUGAUAAAGAGAGGACGAUCCGCCGUAUGCAGCAGAUGGUGGGUCAGUUCGGGAUCUUCAACCCCAGUGUGGCCCUGCCGUUCAGCACCUACAGCAGCACCUACAGCACCUACACACACGCGCUGAUGCAGCAGCAGGCGGCGAUCAUGGCCGCGUCUCACGGCGGUUAUUUAGCGCCUAGUGUUGCGUUUCCAGCCACACAGAUCCACCAAGUGGGGGCGCUGAACAUGAAUGGCCUGCCGCCCACCCCGAUGACCCCUGUUUCAGGUUUGAGCUCUCCUCCGGCUAAUCUGGCUUCCUCCGCCGUGCCAAGCAUCGUGACCCCAAUAGUGAACGGAUUCAGCGGGAUCCCGCACCAACCCAAUGGUCAUCCGGUGGAGGCGGUUUACACCAAUGGGUUGCCGCCGUACUCGACCCAGAGCCCAACCGCAGCCGACACGCUCCAGCAAGCAUUCACUGGCGUCCAGCAAUACACAGGUCCUGAAGGCUGCAACCUGUUCAUUUAUCACCUGCCGCAGGAGUUUGGUGAUAAUGAGCUCAUGCAGAUGUUUCUUCCAUUCGGAUCUGUCAUCUCGUCAAAGGUGUUCAUGGACAGAGCCACCAAUCAGAGCAAGUGUUUCGGAUUCGUGAGUUUCGAUAACCCCGCCAGCGCUCAGGCUGCCAUCCAGGCCAUGAACGGCUUCCAGAUCGGCAUGAAGCGCUUGAAAGUGCAGCUGAAGCGGCCGAAAGACGCCAGCCGCCCGUACUGA